AUGUUUCAUGGCGUUGAUGGCAUCGAGGAAAUGGUCUUAAGGGAAGAGAUCUUGGUUAUCAUCCUUGUAAUGAUCAGUCGACUGGAGAACAAAGACUUUAAAAAUCAUGCUGUCGUGCCUGUCAUGCUAUUUUCGUUCAUGAGAAACCGCCGUGGUCGCAUUCUGUUGGCUCAUUGCCUGGAAAGCAGACUCGUUGUCGAGAUGUCGCCUCUAUAUCCAUUUGAAGUUGGAGAAGAGGGAUGGAAUGAUUCUCUGGCCCUGUUCACGCGCUAUCAGGCUGCUGGACCUUCAUCAACAGAUACAACCAAGUUUCUAGUACCAGUUGGGCUUGACGAAGCUUCUUAG